AUGCCAGAACGCAAAGCCAUACCGCCUCACCUCCAACGCAAGCUCAAUGGCUCUGCCGCGUCCGCCACAUCAUCAGCGCCACCAGCAUCACCGGCGUCCGCUAACGACGAGCACGCACUUGUGUUAAGCAUCGCUAACAUUGAGGAGAGGUCACCGACACCCAUCACCACCGUCUCGUCGGUUUCCGCCGGCCUUCAGAACAACUUCACGCCUACGGAAAUGAUCCAGCACGAUCUGAUCAACAGACUACGCCUCCAAGUUGAGCACCUCUCCGUCAAGUGUGAUGCUCUAAAAGAGGAGAACGCGCAACUGAAGCAGGCGGUGGAGGAGCUGGAGCUUCACGCGAACGGCGAACCGAUGGGAGACCACCAGCCACGGAAUCUCGUUGGGUAUGAGUCAUCCGAUGAUGGCAAUCCUCAAGAGGCCGAGACCAAAGGCAAUCUCUCCGAGGAGAUCGGCAACCAAAUUGCGGUCAUUCUCAACAGACACGAGGAUAGACUCGCCAGUCUGGAGGCUCGGUUCAUCGAGAAGAUGGCCCCCACUCAAGGUACUGUCGACGAUACCAAGAUCCCGAUGGCGAACGGCACUUUCCCAGGUCUCCUGCCGGGUGGCGAUGGCUCAUUGGCAAAGAAUGUGAGCGACUUGGAGCAGACUGUUGAGUCGGGUCAACACCAGGUCAACGUGCACCAUCUCGCACUUCAAGAUCUUCAAGAUUGGCGCAACCAGAUCGAGAACCAAGAAUUCAAGGCUUCAGAUAAGUCUACAGACGCCCCAGCACUGCAGUAUGAUGCAGACUUCCAGGCCAGAAGUGAACGCAGACUCGAGCAGGAAGGCCGCAUCGACAACGCGUACACCCGUGAGGAGCUUCUUCAGCACUAUGUGGAGCUUUGCCAACUCAUCACUCACUACCAUGACGAUGGCAACUUCAGAGGCACCGAAGAUGAGCUCUGGGCUCUGCGCGAGCGUGUGGUCAUGAAUCUCGCCACGUUCGAUGCUCGUGAGAAGGCGCUGGAGGAGGCGCGGAAGUGGAUGGAGUACAAUGCAUAG